CUUGUAGAAUCCCAAUUGGUGAAGGAUUUUAUGAAUUUAUUUAGUUAUACGAUUCUGGAUUCUCGAUAAAUCAUUUUGCGCGUUAUUUGGUUAAUUGUUCACAACUAAAUUAUCUAAAUUCACGUGCUACGUUGUUGAUUUGGCAAAUGCCUGGCUUUAUUGUUGGAAAAAAGAGAUUUAUAAAGUCAAAUAUGUGUUUCACCGAUUUGGUCAGUCAAGAUAAGUCAACUCACACACAAAGCAAAAGCAAUCAUAGUUUAACCGGUGAGACUCUGGAGAAAGAUUAUAGUCCUAUUCUACCUGGGCUGCCGGAUGAUGUUGCAAAACAUUGUCUUGCACUUGUUCCCCGUUCCAACUUCCCUUCCAUGGGUGGUGUCUGUAAGAAAUGGAGGUUGUUUAUUCGAAGCAAAGAAUUUGUAAUGGUGCGAAAAUUGGCAGGAUUGCUUGAGGAAUGGCUCUAUUUCUUGACAAUGGACAGCGAAGGGAAGGAAAGCCACUGGGAGGUCAUAGAUAAUCUCAAUCAUAAAUGUCUAUCCCUUCCACCAAUGCCUGGUCCAGGAAAGGCUUCGUUUGGGGUUGUGGUUCUCAAUGGAAAGCUUCUUAUCAUGGCUGGUUAUUCAGCUGUUGACGGAACCGCUGUUGCAUCAUCAGAGGUUUACCAAUAUGACUCUUACCUUAACAGUUGGAGCAGAUUAUCAAACAUGAAUGUGGCUCGUUAUGACUUCGCUUGUGCCGAAGUGAACGGCUUGGUUUAUAUUGCUGGAGGCUAUGGAGUGAAUGGGGACAGUCUCUCUAGUGUUGAGAUGUAUGAUCCAGAAACUGAUAAAUGGAUCCUGAUAGAGAGUCUUCGUCGUCCAAGGUGGGGUUGCUUUGCCUGUGGAUUAGAAGGUAAGCUCUAUGUCAUGGGUGGAAGGUCAAGCUUUACUAUUGGAAACUCGAAGUCCGUCGAUAUAUAUAACCCCGAAAAGCACAGCUGGUGCGACAUUAAGAAUGGCUGUGUUAUGGUCACAGCUCAUGCAGUAUUGGAAAAGAAGUUAUUCUGUAUUGAGUGGAAGAACCAGCGGAGGCUGGCAAUAUUCAGUCCAGAAAACAACUCAUGGACAAUGGUACCUGUCCCAUUAACCGGGAGCUCGAGUGUUGGCUUUCGAUUCGGCAUACUAGACGGAAAGCUGUUGCUAUUUCCAGUUGAAAAAGAACGUACUAAUCAAACACUGUUAUAUGAUCCAAAUGCAGCUUUGGGAUCAGAAUGGCAAACUUCAGACAUAAGGCCAUCUGGUAUGUGUUUAUGCAGCGUAACAAUCAAGGCAUGAAACUUCUUUAGUUAUGAAGUUUUCUGCAUUUUCACUGAAGUUUAAAAUGGUAUUGAGGAUGGAUUUCCCUCAUUAUAUGAUCAGAUUUUUAUCUGGUGCUUUUGGUUUGAGUUGUGGCUGUUGUUGUAUUUGUAUUUUUAGUUUUAAUGAUUACUGUAUUUUUAGUUUAUAAUUAUGAUGUUGUUGUUUAUCAUGUAUCCCAUUAUGUCUCUGACAUAUGUAGGGGAUCAAUUUCCUGUUUUGUAAUAUUGACUUUGAAGUAGCUCUAUUUCAAUUUAUGGUGAAUGGAUUUCUGUUUGUUUAUUGUA